AUGAACUCAACAGCCUGUGUCAUUGAGGCUAACCCCGAUGUAUCUGGGGUCGGAAUUCGUGUAUCAAUCUACGCCCUCUGUCUAGGCGGGUCGAUCGUCAGCUAUCUACUCCGCGUAUUUGCCCCAGGCGAAGACCAAGAAGAGUUCUCGCGAGGCGUCUCCUCCGCCCUCGGCUUGCAAGGCCUGGCCCUCCUCUGCACAGCCAUUUACCAGACAGUCCGGGGCGACCUAACACUCUUCCACGCAAUAUGUGUCGUUCACCUCCUCGCCAUACUUGGCAUGGACUUGGUGAGCAAAGGCCGGUAUGCCGGACUCGGCCCAUGGCGACUAUAUUUCUUUGCCGCACUCCAGAUCCUGGCUUUGGCAGCUUUCCUCUCUUUGAAUGUCUAUGUCUGGGUAACUGCGCCGCAUUUUGGCAGCCAACGUCAGUGUAACAAGGAUACGGUGUAUGUGGUCUUUGGCGUCAGCAUUAAAGCCACUUCUCCCGUGUUCCGGUAUAUCAUCCUCGGGACGUUGGGUGCGGUUGUGGCUGGUUAUGCUCUUACUUUCACAUGUAUGCUGCCGUGUCUGUGUGGGUACGUUAGGUACCGAAGACGGCAUCCCGAGGCUGGAAACAGGAUUGAGGGCCAGAAGAGAGGUUGGAUGAAUUGGUUUGUGGAAGUCAAUCAUCCUGUUUACCAGGAUCGUGUCGAGCCACCUGAGAGACUGCAUGGCCAGGCGCUGCUUAAAUAUACGCUGAACAAGGUCGCUUACUGUUCGUUCUGCAUAUACUUGAUUGUGUCGCUGGAGCAGACUAUCAGUCGCAACGAUCUUGACCCUCAAGAGAAAGGAUGGACGUUUGGACAGGUUAUUGCGAUUUUCUUGUUGCUGGGUGUCGCCAAUGAGCUGCUUAAUGUUCUUCUUGCGAGUUGGGAUAGGAGGCAGAGUGAAAGUGCUCAGCAACUGGUGCAGUUUAGGCCAAACGCUGCGAACUCGGUGCAUUCUGCAUCUUCUUGA